ACGUGGUUUGGCCUUUCACCACUGAUAAUUGCCAUAUCACAGGCAACUAUAGCAUAUUCAUCUACGGGUUUAAAGUCAAUGCCCAAGACUACUUUACUUAUAAAGCUUCUAUUAGACAAUGGCGCAGAUCCAUCACAAGGUUUACCAUUAGAACAAUUUAAUACUUUGAGGAAAUUAAAGGCUAAGCAAUAUAUGAGAAGGAUGAGUCUUUUAAAUUCAUUCAAGUUUGAUGAUGUUCCAAGUGAAUCGGAAAGAAUGGAUUCUGUUCCUCAUCAGUAUAGUAGCGUAGCUUGGAGUUCGAAACAAAAAAAAGAGGAAAUGGAAAAAUUUUCAAAAGGAAAGUGGGUAUUUCCAAUAGAUAUUGCUGCGGUUGCUGGUAAUCUUGAUAUUGUGAGAAUGUUGUUAUCAAGGUUGGAGGCGUCAAGUGUUUCCAGUAGUUCUUUUUGCCUUUCUGUUCAACGGGAUGUAAUGCUCACCCUUGAACUUGCUCAUUCCGGUGCAAAUGUAAAUCAACGAGAUAUUAGGACUCCACUUCAUGAAGCGAUGAGUCAAAAAUACCUUAACAUAUGUUCCAUUUUGAUUACUGCAGGCGCAGACAUAACGCUUCUUAACAACAAAGGGCAAACAGCUGUCGAUUUGGGUCUAGAGCGUGGGCUAACUCGAGAGCAAAUUAAUCAAUUCUUAGGUUUGACCUGA